CAUCCUGUCACUCCCACCAUCCCAGACCUUACAUACAACCUUACCCUGCCAACCGGUAUUCUUACCAUAAUAUCAUACAAGUACAGUACCUAUCAUACCCGUGCGGUCCGUACCAAAGCCUAUCAUUGUUUCACCAACACCGCGUUUCCAAUCUAAUUCAGUCCAGCCCCGGCUUUCUCUCACUUUUUUCUUUUCUUUUCUUUCUUCUUUCCCUUUCUUUUUUCUCUCUCUUCAUUUUCUCUCUCUCUUUCACUGUUGGUUGGAUUUCCUUCGCUAUUUUAACUCAACUGACAGACGCACACCUUUCCGCUCUCACCUCCUUGACUGCAUACCCACCCACCUACCUACCUACCACCAACCUACCAACCUACCAACCUACCUGCCUGCCUGCCUGCCUGCAUACAUACAUACAUACAUACAUACAUACAUACGUCUGUCACUGCUCCUACAGCUUCAUAUUUAUUUAUUCUAAUACCGGCAUUUCGACACUUGGAAGAAAGGUUGAAACAAUGGAUCCAACGGCCAUUUGCAGAUGGUUGGAGAGUGUGAUGGAAGCGCAAGGUGUGACGGGUGCCCUCCUGAUCGAUAGCUCUACGGGAAUUUGCUUGGGAGCGGCGGGUAAGGCCACUGAGGAUGACGCGACUUUCUUAGCCGUUGCGUCACGGGGUGCGCUCGACGGGGAGGGUGUUGGGGCUGUCGCUUUUAAGGACAGUCGGGUUAUGCUCAAGAAGGGAGACGGAGUCCUUGUUGCCGUGUUCAAGGACCUGUGAGGUAUUAUUAUCAUCAUACAUGGCGGCCGUAAACUGGGCGCUUGGUUUAUAUUUCCUUACUAUCAUUUCUCCUUUCUCUCUCAACUUUCACACACUCCUUGCCGUUUCCUUUGUCGGAGGGAUAAAUAGAUGGUGCAACAAAUAGAUGGAAUGGACUGGACUGGGCAUUAAUAUCUCGUUUAAUUUUUUCCUUACAUUUUUACACUCUAUCUUUAGAUAUUUCUUAUAGGUGGAAGGAAUUAUUCUUAUAUGUCGGGGCGUUGGUGGUGGGAUAAAAUAGAAUUAGAGGAAUUAUCGGGUAAUAAUGCUUUCCUGUUAUAUCUUACAUUUUUUUUUUUUUUUUUUGACGGUUUUUCGUGAUGGUAUUUUGUGGGUGCGGUCACGCUGUGAAGGAAUCUGGAAAUUCCCGGUUCCUUGGGUUUUGGCUCGGGUGUCGUCAGACUGCAGAUUUGGCUGAUGUGGAUCCGGGAGGGUGGCAGGCGUCUGGUGUGAAGGGGGGGGUUGUUGUGCUUUGCGUGGUGUUGGGAAAAGAUAUCACAUUGAUGGAAGGAAGGAAUACUCGUCUACAGUACGAGUAUAGAGUACAUGGCGAUACCCCCUCCCCACUUGAGAAAGAGCCUGAAUUGCAUUAUAGUUUUCCUUUACUUAAGCUGUUGAGAGUACUGCACUGUACUCGUACCAGUACAGUGCCCUCCAGGCAGGUAUUUUGGGGAGCUCUGCUGACAUGCAUAUUAUCGGUACAAUCUCCUAUCCUCCCCCCCCU